UGUGAGCCCAGCGCGCUUCAAACAGAAAUACGAGGUUGUGGACAAGAUUAUGUAGUAUUUUGUGCAAAGAAGAGGACAAUAGAAGAGAGCAGGUGUUGCAUGUUUUUUAAAUGGGAAAUCUGUUGGGCAGCUGGCGUUUCAAGGAGCCGAGCACCGUUGAGGAAUGCGACUCGACGUGGGGGUCGGACUCCGAGAGCGAUGAACCGGCGGCGGCUGAAGAUGACAGCGGCAUCUCCGACUCUGUCAGCCCGGCGGAGAGCGACCGCUCCGCCGGAGAUACGUCCCCGCAGCUGACAGAAUCUCCAGAGUCUGUUCCAAAGAUGAAGAGGAGUUUCUACGCUGCCAGGGACCUCUACAAAUACCGGCAUAGCUACCCGAACUAUAGAAAGUCCCGGCAACCCAACGAGUAUCGUAACCUGCGCUUCUACCUGAACAAGAUCCCUCUAGUACCUGAUGGUAUCUAUAUAGAGGAGAUUCUGACUAAGUGGAGAGGCGACUAUGACAAACUGGAGCACAAUCACACCUACAUUCAGUGGCUGUUUCCGUUAAGAGAACAAGGGCUCAACUUCUACGCACAUGAACUGACUCAGGACGAGAUCAAAGAAUUCCAAAGCACUCGGGAAGCUAAGCGCAGAUUCCUGGCGGCCUAUUCCCUGAUGUUGGACUUCUACGGCAUCAAACUGCUGGAUAAGAGUGGUAAUGUUGCCCGGGCUCCCAACUGGCAGGAGCGUUUCCAGCACCUAAAUGAGUCCCAGCACAACUACCUGCGCAUCACCCGCAUCCUGAAGUCCCUGGGCGAGCUGGGCUACGAGGCCUUCAAGGCCCCGCUGGUCCGUCUGUUCCUGGAGGAGUCGCUGUGCCGCAACACCCUUCCCAACAUGCAGCACAGCGUCCUUGAGUACUUUGUCUACACCAUCCGCCUGCCGGCCACGCGCAGACGCCUGCUCCGCUACGCCCGCCAGCACUACAGGCCUGCCCACGCCUUCCUCUGGGGCCCGCCGCCCAAACGGCGAGUAGGGGGUGUCGGUGCCGGAGGUAGCGUAGGCGCUGGGAGUAGUGGGAUCAGAGCACCUGCUCCAACACCAGAGCAACACAGGAGGGGGGAGGAGAGCACCAGCUCCCCAUCUGCAAGUAGCGGGGUUAUUGUGUCUUCCCAUGAUGCCAUGCUGUGCCCAGACCUGGCUGCAGGAGCGCCAAAGGGCCGCACAGGACUCGCUUCGAAUACGGCUGGACUGGAGGGAGCGCUGAUGAUGGCGGGAGGGAGAGGAGAGAGGAACAAGUAAAAUGAGAUUGUUCCUUUGUAGGGGAUGGGGCUUUGAUUGUUUUCUGCUUUCUGGCAAUCGGUGCAGUUGUAAAGUCAAACGAAAAUCAUUGUUACCAGGAACUUUAUUCUUAGCAGAGUUACGAAGCUUCUGGACGCUUCUGAAGCUUAGGGGCAAGACUAGGGAUGUAACGAUUCAACUCACGAUUCAACUCACGACUUUACGUUGACGAUGCGAUUUUCUCCGGGUUUUUUUUUUUUUUUUUUUUUUUUUUUUUUUUUAAAUGACUGAAACAUAUUCCUUUAUUUCUAUAA